GGUGACUGACCGCAGCCGGGCCACUUGAGCGGUGGGAGCGCGAACCGAGCGGACCGUCCGACGCCUCGCCGAGGCGGUUCCGAAUCCUCCAGGAAGCAGCGGGGAGAGCUGGAGUCCGACGGACCGGAGCGAAGGAGGGGAAGGACGGCUGUCGUCGCUGCGGGCUUUCGGACUCUUUGCUUUUUACGCGCCGGACCUAUGAAGACGCGGACAGCUCAAACUCUCACAACCGCAGACGGAAGCACCACGGAGUGAUCCACGCCCCCCUGCAGCCCCCCUCGCCUCACCGCGCCUGUCUGCCUCUCAUGCCGGGCAUCAGCUCCGCCGCGCCUCGUUAUGACAACUGGGAGAUGGACCACUACCAGCACUACUUUUACGACGACCGGGAUCCGGACGAGGACUUCUUCAUGUCCACGGCGCCCAGCGAGGACAUAUGGAAGAAAUUCGAGCUGCCCGAGGAAGGGUCGGGCAAGGUCGGGCUGCUCUGUCCCUCUCUCGGGGACAAGCUGGAGUGGGUUUCUCAGUUCUUGGGGCAGGAGGACGAGCACAACCAGCAGCACGCGCAGGAGCUGCCCUACAAGCUCGCGGGCAGCGGCGACUCCUCCAUCAUCAUCCAGGACUGCAUGUGGAGCUGCUUCUCUGCCGGACAGCAGCUGGAGAGAGUGUUAGGGGAGCGUCCUCGGCUCGGCGCCGGAGGCAGCGUUUUGUCGCCGUGGAAAACCCAGAGUGCCCUCGCCGACACGUGGCUCGCUGGUGGCCUGGCUGCGGACUGCGUGGACCCGGCUGCCGUGCUCACCUUCCCGCUUCCCGGAGGCUGCAAGAGACCGAUUUCGUCCGGCUCAGAGUCGCACACGGACUCCUCAGAUAACGAAGACGGAAACGAUGAGGAUGAAGAGGAGAUUGACGUGGUGACGGUGGACCACCAGCAGCAGCAGCAGCAGCAGCACCACCACCAGCAGCAGCAGCAGCACCACCAGCAGCAGCAGCACCACCACCACCACCAGCAGCAGCAGCAGCAGCACCACCACCACCAGCAGCAGCAGCACCACCACCAGCAGCAGCAGCACCACCACCACCACCAGCAGCAGCAGCAGCGUAAACCCCGUCGACUCGUCGCCAGCCGCAAACCGGUGACCAUAACGGUGCGAGCAGACCUCCACGACCCCAGCACCAAGCGUUUCCACAUCUCCAUCCAUCAGCAGCAACACAACUACGCCGCGCCCUCCCCGGACACUCUCCCCGCGGCUCCCGAGCCCGCCCGGAAGAAGGUCCGACAGAAAGUCUCCUCUGCUGCGACCCAGCCUCCCCAGAAUUCUCUCCACAACCAUCCCCGGCUCGUCUACGCGCCUCUGAACCCCGACAGCAGAAAGUCUCACCUCGCCGUGGCGAGAUCAGAGUCCCCCAACCUCAGCGCGGCCUCUCCUACCUCAUUCUCGUCGCCUUCGUCUCCAUCCAGCUCCUCCUCAUCAUCCCACAGGAGCUCGCGGUCCAAGCCCGCUUCCCGCCAGUCGAGCCCCCUGUCCUCUGACUGCGAGGACACGGACAAGCGCAGGGCGCACAACUUCCUGGAGCGCAAACGGCGCAAUGACCUCCGCUCCCGCUUCCUCUUGCUACGGGACGAGAUCCCGGAGUUGGCGGACUGUGCCAAGACCCCCAAGGUGGCCAUCUUGACCCGAGCUACGGAGUACCUGCAGCAGCUCCAGGCCACCGAGAGACAGAAGUCUCAGGAGAGGAAGCAGCUGAAGGCCAGGCAGCUGCAGCUGCUGCAGCGGUUGGCGCAGUUCAAACGCUCCUGAAGGCCCGAAUCGACCGUCGGUCGCCUCCACAUGGACACUUGAACUGAUGGAGAACGACAUUAAGUGGGGAAAACACUGUUCACUAAUCGUGCUGGAUUAGAGGAGGUGGAUUUGUUUUUUAUUUUUUGCUGUUUUUUUCUUAAUUUUUUUCCAUUUUUAAUUUUUUGUGGUUUGCACAUCAGCUCCUGAGUGACAGAGCUACCUGGACAGCCGUUUUCUGGCUGGUUUCCUUUUUAGUAUCCUGACGUCUCAAGGGAUUUCUGUUGGAUCUUGCAAGGUGGAAUUUGUAAAAACACUCUUCACUAAUCAUGCUGGAUUAGAGGAGUUUUUUUUUUUGCUGUCUUUUUAAAAAACUUUUAAAUUUUUUUUUUUUUGUUGUGUGGUUUGCACAUUAGCUUCUGAAUGUCAGAGCUACCUGGACGGCCGAUUCCCGGCUGGUUUCCGUUUUAGUAUCCUGGGGUCUCAAGGGAUUUCUGUUGGAUCUUGCAAGGGGGAAUUUACUCAAUAUUUCUUAAAUGUAACCCCCAACAAGAACUAUUAAAACUUGUCUUACAAUAAAGUUGGCAUUGUCAAUUGCUUUGGUCAAAGCCCCUGUUCUUUAGUACCUGGUCAAGAAUGUCAAAAUUCAUAAUUUUGCCAAUACAUCUUAGUUUUUCAGGCUUCCCUAAUAACUAACCUGCCGCCUUUCCCCCCACCCCAUAUUCUCCCCUCUUCUCAUUUUCCUUAGCAGCAGUUGGUCAGUCCUCGUUCGAAACUGGCUUGAAAUGGUGAAGUCUGAGCGACUUGCCCUGCACCCAACACUCCCUCCUCCAUUCAUUUCCCUAAUACCAUUUACUGCUGCAUGUUACAACAAAAUCAGUUGCAGUUACAGCCUUUUUUUUCCUAGCAAUUUCAGAAUGUCUGAAAUGUUCAAUACAGGUCAUCUAAAUAAUACUAAAAAAACAUUAAAAUAUUUACUGAGAUUUAUUGUUGUGCCAUGAAGUUCAGCCGAAAGGUGAAUGUCAGCCUAGGUUAAAAUAUUGGCUUAAAUCUGUUUUGGUUUUUUUUUUAAAUACCAUCUUCUAAUUGAAGUCAAGAGUUCCAGCUGUAUUUAUUUCAUCUUGCUGUCUGAUUUAUCUUUUUUUUUUUUUAUCUAUUUGGUGGAAUGCCUUUAGGAGCCUUUCUAUGUAUGUAAGCUAUCCAGUUGGAUGUUCUGUUUAUAGAUCCUUGACUGUACAGUGAAACCAAAACCUGAGCUAAGUUUACUCAUCCCAGUUUCUGUAGGGCUUGCUGGCUUUUUCAAAGAUGACUCAAAGCUUCUAUUUUUGUUAAUAAAAUUCUAAAGGAGGAAGAAAACCCGUCGAAAUAAAACACCACUUUGUCACUA